UGAUAUUCUGGACAGCUUGUUUUUAAGUCGCAUUUUUUGACUGUUACUUUAAUAUCAAAGAAGUAAUGACAUACUGUAAAUAAUAAUACUGUAAAAACAGUUCUUAGACAAUAUACAUUAAAGUUCGACUUCAGAAUCGAAAAAUCAUAAUUCACGUUAACAUAAGUAAAGUUCGUACGAAAAUUUACACAGGCACAUAAAUCGCAGAUAUGGCAGCAACACAGGCAAAUCCUAAACUGCUUUCGCCAACUGCAAAUGUUUGCUCCUCAAACCUGUUGUCCAUAAAAGCCACAUCUAUAUCUUCAACAACAACUAUGAUGCCCGCGCCCGUACCUACAAAUAUUAAUAUACUAUCUGCGCCAUCUAGAGCAUCUUCUCAGCUAGCCUUCAAUAGCCUAGUUUCAGUAGAGCAGUUACAACAACAUGAUGCAGAUGGAGAUCAGCGAACAUUACAACUAGCUUGGGAAUUAUCAGUCGGUAGUGUAAAUGAAUCGGCCACGGAACGACCAUUGUUAAGUUCUUUUAAUAACCGUAAAAAAUCCAAUAAUGCAAUUAAUCAAUACGAACUAGCACACCAACAAAUAAUUGCAAACUCACAACAUGAACAGCUGAAUCGAAAAGUUGAUAUUGAUACAAAUAAAAGUAUUCAGCCUACUGUUUCUGCAGUUGCCGCCAAAGGUUUUAGUCAAAUUAAUAUAAAUGGUUUAACAAGUAGAAAUAGUAGUACAUCAUUUAAUAAUAUUUCGAUGCCAACACUACUAUUACCACCUACAAUAGAAGAUCGUUCUAAGAGAUCCCAAAAUAUGACCGAAUGUGUGCCAGUGCCCAGCUCCGAACACGUUGCCGAAAUAGUAGGACGUCAAGAUCUUUUUGUUUGAAAUUUAGGUAUCAAGUAUAAUACGCCAACACUGCGUGCCUACUAACUUUCAGACGGAUUGUACGGCAAAUUAAGUAUCACUCCACCAUAUACCAGUAAGUAGCGGACCUGCAGAAAGGAUAAUCUGCAUCGUUAAACUGAAAACGAAGCAAUAUGUUGAUAAAUGGUAUUUCCGUCUAAAAAAAAUAUUACAAGAAUUAUGUUUCAAACUACAUAUAUUAGUUUAUUAUAUCAAGCAAAAUUACAUAAAUGUUUUAGAUAUGUUGUAUAAUCACAUGUGUUUGUAUUACUGACAUAUGAUAAAUGUAUUUAUAAAAUGCCUUAUUAAUAUGCUAAUAUAAAAAAAUGUGAAUAUAGACAUAAACAGGAAACACUAGCAGAACUUUCACAAAUGGAUCGAAGUCAAAAUCUACACCAAACUAUCACCUAAAUUAAUCGAGAGGUAAUACUGCUUACUAAGCUUCGCGAUGAAAGAACAAUAAGAGUUGAAUAAACGAACGCUGAUUUCUAUUGCACAAAAAUGAGAAUAGAUUAAAUUUAUCUUUUUAGAUUUAAUUCUUUCUAAUAACAAUUAGAGCUUAUAUAUAUAUUAUUUUGUGCUAAAUGUUGUCUAUUGUCAUAAAACUAAUAAACCGAGAGUUAAUUCCGA